AUGAACUUCGGAUCGGCACCACUUUCAAUCACAACAUUAAAGGAACGGGAAAGAAAAGAACACUUCACUUAUCAACAAUCAUUAUUAAUUGCUCUUCUCAAUCAACAUGCAAAAGUGACUAUAAAAAGACCCAAAAAAUAUUCUACACACACUUCUACAAUCCCAAUGUUGUUUUUAAUAGAAGUGGAAUCUUCAAAAAUUGAUGUUAUUGCACUGGCAACAAAAAGGUGCGACUUGAUUAAGAAGGAUGAAACAGCAAAAGGUAUUCCUGUUCAAACAGUGAAAAGACGAUUCAACAAAAACGUGAGUGCUUUUCUGAGAAAUUUUCUGUUUGAUGCAUGUUUUGAAUUUGGCUUUUUCUUUGAAUCAAAGAUGUCGAAAAACUCAAUGAAGUCGAUACAAAGCGAGUAUAUCCAAAAUAUUUAUUAUAAUGGAUGUUUAAUAUACACCAAAGAUAACAUUUUGGAUUUGGGGAAAAGAAUUCAUUGUGAAUUAAUGGAAAAAUUGACUGACAAAAGAACAACUUCUUUUGAAUUGGGGGAACUUAACACUAAGCUUGAAAAUUAUAACACGACCUCAAAUGAUACUUAA